AUGGAGGCCACUAUCCACAUGACCAACGAACAGCGCCAGCAGAAGCUUGCCAGCAUCGAGCAGGACAUCAUGCGUAAAUGGGACCUUGAGAACACCAGACAUCAAGAGGCAGGCUUUGGAAAGGCCAUUACCGACAUGCACAGCUACGAGCAGCGAGCGGCUAUCCCCGCCCAGCAGUGCCUCAACAAAGUUGAGGUGGCCGACGCCAUCAUCCAGACCUUCAGCGCGCCGAUCGGCACGGACGACGAGAACCCCAUCGCCGCCACGUCAACGGCAUUCCAGAACGAGCUGACGCACAUGAAGUACCAGUAUCAGGACCAGGCGAACAUCCUCAGGGGUUGGAUGCUCGCGUGCGCCAGCCACGACCGCCACACGCGGGGCUGGCCGCGCUCGGGAUUGGCCCUGGCCGGGGAGGCCCUGAUGUUCGAGCUGGCCCUGAGGGCCGCUCGCGCCGCGGCGCUCCUGCUCCACGAGCUGUCGCACCUGGCGGCGGCCGCCGCGUGGCUGCUGCCCGCGGCCAGGCUGCGGCUGCGGGCGCCGCUGGGCUCGGGAGCUGCCGAGCAG